AUGCUUGUUUCAGGGAUCACCAAUACCAUUGAUCCGGAGGUAAGUUCGACUCUUUCGUAUUAUGAUAAUGCCAAAACCUUAUGGGAUGAUUUACAUGAACGUUAUUCGGUGGUUAAUGGUACUCGUAUUCAUCAAAUAAAAGCCGACAUUAUUCGGUGUGAACAACCGAAAACUAUGCCUGUGGCCACUUAUUUUGGCAAAUUAAAACUGUUGUGGGAUGAAUUGGCCCUUCAUGAGCCGCCUCUUACCUGUACAUGUGGGGAACUUGGCCCUGCUUUAUUAAAACGUCGUGAUAGUGAUCAACUGCAUCAAUUCCUUUUUGGUUUGUAUUCCGAGUAUUAUGGAUCUCUUCGGUCGUCUAUGUUGUCUCAAGAUCCUCUGCCUACCUUAAACAAGGCCUUCCAACAAGUAUCUCAGGAGGAGAGAGUUCGUGGUCUCACUCGGGUCAUGACGAGUCGACCUGCUUUGCUCUUCAUGGUACCCCAGACUGGUGGUACGAAAAAUUCGGGCACAAAAUUGAGGAUGGUGCUUCGCGUGGCCGCGGUCGCCCCCCCACCCUCGGCACCUGCUGCGGGACGUGGUCGGGGUGGUGUGCGUGCCAACGCCACCCCCGUUGAGGCUCCUCUUGUCCCUGGGUCGAGUGGCAGUGCACCCGCAAUUACUCCCGAGCAAUGGCAGGCCCUUUUUGCCACUUUUGGUAAUGCCUCUACUACUCCCAACCGUCUAAAUGGUAAGUUUGAGCUUUCGUCUUGGAUUAUCGACACUGGUUGUACUCAUCAUGUCACGGGUGAUAAGUCUUUGUUGUGUGACAUUGUUUCUAUUGAUGAGCGUCCGGUUGGCCUUCCUAAUGGGGCUUCGGUUAUGGCUACUCAGUCUGGUACUGUGUAUUUGAGUGAUCGCCUUGUUCUUCAUGAUGUAUUAUAUGUUCCUCAUCUGCGAUGCAAUUUGAUUUCUGUUACUCAAAUGAGUGAUGCUUUGUCUUGUUUUGUCACAUUUUCUACUAACAUUUGUGCUAUUCAGGACCAUCGUUCGAGGGAGCUGAUUGGAACGGGUGAGAGACGGGAUGGACUUUAUUAUUUUCGGCAGCAACCUUCUUCUCUUGCGGCAUCUGUUACUACUGGCUCCUCUUCCGCGGCCUCGGACUUGGCUAUCUGGCACAUGAGAUUGGGGCAUGCUUCUGAAGCUGUAGUGAAGUCACUUCCUUUUAUUUCUUCUGCACCUAGUUUAGACAAAGGUUGUGUUGUUUGUUACAAAGCCAAGCAGCCUAGGUGUAGUUUUGCUUUAAGUGAAAAUAAAGCUUCUCGGAUUUUUUAG